AUGUGCCAGACAUCGUAUAUAGCUAACCAACUAGCUGCUGAUCUGUGAGAGUAUACAGCUGUGUAGAAACAAUACUUUUUUGGAAGCCACCAUGGCUGAAGGAGGGAAAGGCGAAGAAUUGCCAGAUUAUGGGGAGGAUUGGACACACAUUGAAUCAAGUGAUGCUGAAAAACUCAAGCUGCUGUUACCUCCAAUGAAUUAUUCUGUCUUUAACAAGGAUGGAGUAAACAUAGACUUUGUUGAGCCAGUUGCCAACACUGCGGACACCAACCUUGAAGUCAGUGAUGAUCCUGCAGCUGCAGUUGCUGACUCUGCAUUAAGUACAGACACCAGCCUUGAAGUCAGUGAUGAUCCUACAGAUUCAGCCAAUCUGUUGUCAACCAGCACUGAUGAGUUAGCUGCAUCAUUACCAUCGAAAGAUCUGCCUGCAAGUAAUAAAUCAUUUGCAGAUCAAACUGAAACAACCAGUACUUUUGAUAAAGAUGCUAGUAAGGGACCAACUAUGCUACUUCAGGGAAAUGAAAAACCUACUGAAUGCAUAAUUCAAGGUCACGAGGACUGUACAGUAACCACUCAAGAUUAUGUGCAACCGCCCACUCUAUUUGAGGUGUCUUCUGAAGGAGGAACAUGUUCUCUCAAGGAUCUGAAUGUUACCAUCAAAAUUCCACAAGGAGCUGUUCCGCCUGGUGUUAAGGCAUAUUUUCGAGUAGCAGUGUGUCUUGGCAGUGGACAGAGUGUGUAUCCAGCGGGCGCAAUCCCCAUCUCCGCAGUCUUUUUGCUACAAAUGACAAACGGAGUUGAGCUCCAGGAACCUGUCAGAAUUUCUCUGCCGCACUUUCUGUCGGACCCUGCUAAAGUUGGUGAAAUGGGUGUUAUGAAAGCUCCACACGACGAGUCUGGUCCCCCAAAGUUUAUUGAACAGCCUUGUAAAGUUACACCUGUAGAUGGGCACGAAAUAGCCACUUUUUCUAUUCAGCACUUCUGUUACUUGCAAUUGUAUACAAAAGCAAAAUCUGAAGAGGCUUUGGAAUUCAGGUACUGCAUUUGUCCGGUUUUGCCUCUCUUUUCAAAUAUGCCUCUUGGCACACCAUUUUUUAUGUAUUUCUGCUUGACGUACUUUGAUCCAACUUUCUUGAUGGCACUUGAUUCACAGUGUGAAACAGUUCCCAGAUUAAAGAACCAUCGUGUUGAUAAGGACAGAAUAAUACAGUUUACUGCAUCACACAGUUUGAGGGUUAGCACUGUCAAAUAUAAAGUCAAUAAACCACAACGCAAUAGUGGCUGGCAGUGGGACGUUUCUUACACUGCUCUAGAUAUGCCUCUUCAUCCCUCAGAACACACUGAUAAUGGCUUUAAAUAUUUGUUCAACUCAUUCCUCUAUCCUCCAAGUUACAAAUUGGAGGUCUGUGGCUCUGGGAGCAAAACAAAUACAGAUAUGGUUGUAGUAACCUUCCGAGACUGUUCAGGAAAGAAAAUUGAAAUAGCGGUGCCGCUACCAUCUUAUACCCCUGGCCCCAAAGAGCCGGAAAAGCUUUCUCCUGAGUACAUAGUGUUCAAACUAUGCUCAACAAAGCUAAUACAGAUAAUAAAAAUAGUCGCGGUUACCUUUGGUGAUGCUCUUUGGUCAGCGGACUUGAUACCGAGUGAUGUGUUGGACUGCACGCGGGAGAUGACACACGCUGUAGAGAAAGCUCAGAAGCUAGUGUAUACCAUAAGAGACUCUAUUGAGCAUAGGCCGAGCAAGUAUCAUGACUUUGUUAAAGUUCUGAAAGACAAUAACGAAUCAUGGGCGAUCAAUGCCCUCAGCACACUGGAUAAAUGCUACAGUGACCUCAAAGGGAAAUAUAUUUCAGAAGUACUAGAACACCACAGAACAACUCUUAUAGUGGAAAUUAAUCCCAUAUUGGGCAGAGUAAUCAAUCGUCUCUGGAGAUUGUGUAUUGUUCGAGUUCCUGACUCUAGGAAGUCGGCCCAAGAUGUCAUAACUAUCUUAGGCGAUGAGCUGAAAUGUAAACCAUGGCUGUUUAAAAAUGCAUGCAUUGCUCUCGGCAUUGGAGGCCUGAAAAAGGACACUAUUAAAACCAUUCAAGUUACGGUGUGUAAGCGCUUCCCUAAAGCUUUGAAGGAGACACAAGUGCUUGAUGGGAGUGGUGGUAGAAGAGAGCUGAUGGUAGAGAACACUCCUAAGAGAACCCUGACUAUGCCGUGAACAAUGGUGGAACAAACACAUAAUGUUUAUAAUUAAUUUGCGCAUAUGUCAUAAUUUUUGUUCUUUGUUGUGCCAUUAAGUCUGUACAUUUGUAACAGAUGUAAGAAUUUAUUAUGAAUAUAA